UUUAAGACGUGACGCAUGCGCAAAUCAGUAAGAAAGUUAACUCCUGAACUUCGUAGUCAGAAAAAUUGUGAUUUAUAAAAUAGCAGGGAAAACACCAUUGAGUUGACAUGGCAUUUCGCCGAAGAAACAAGAGUUACCCUUUCUUCAGCCAGGAAUUCUUAAUUCAAAACCAUGCCGACAUCGUCUUCAGUUUGGUGAUUUUCAUUUUGAUUGGGUUGAUGUUUGAGGCAACAGCCAAGACGGCCAUACUGUUCAUUCAGCCUCAGUACAAUGUCACCACACUAUCACCAGAGGGCGAGGUGACGUUGUACCAUUACGGAUGGAAGGACUCUGCCACCAUGCUCUUCUAUUUCUUUACCGCCAUCAUCCUCCAUGCAGUAGUGCAAGAGUAUCUUCUGGAUAAAGUGAACCGACGUCUCCACCUCUCAAAGAGCAAGAAUACCAAGUUUAACGAGUCGGGUCAACUGUGUGUUUUUCACAUGGUGUCAAGUGUGUGGAGUUUUUACAUCCUUAUAACAGAAGGAUAUCUCCUGCAUCCCAGCAGCCUUUGGGAGAACUAUCCCCAUGUACACCUCAGGUUUCAGGUGAAGUUUUUCUACCUCACUCAGCUGGCCUACUGGCUCCAUGCCUUACCAGAGCUCUACUUCCAGAAAGUACGCAAGGAAGAGAUUUCUCGCCAGCUCCAGUACAUCUGCCUGUAUCUGCUGCACAUCACUGCAGCCUAUUUGUUGAAUUUGAGUCGUGUAGGCCUGGUACUGCUCUUCCUCCAGUAUGUGUCAGAACUGGGCUUCCACAUCGCCAGACUCUUUUACUUCACUGAUGAGAACCAUCAGAAAAUGUUUGACCUGUGGGCCGUCGGCUUUGUGUUUACACGGAUGGUUACUUUGACCCUGACGUUCCUGGUUGUCGGCUUCGGUUUGGCUCGUGGUGAAAACCAGGGGCUGGACUGGGAGAUGGGCAACUUCAACACUGUGCUGAUAAGGAUGACUGUUCUACUGCUGGUGUGUUUGACCCAAUCUUGGCUACUCUGGAAGUUUAUCCGCUUCCAGCUGAGGCGCUGGAGGGAGUUCAGACAUGAACAGGCUGUUCGCAAGAAGGCUGCCACAAAACAAGCCCUACGGCCACUGAAGAGAGACUCACUUGGCCACCACGAAAAUGGAGUUCUAAAAGCUGAGAAUGGAGCAUCUCCUCGGAUCAAAAAACUCAAAUCCCCCUAAGAUAACCCAUCGGCCGGCCUGAACAGUGGCCUUUGCCCUGGCUAAGGUUUCUCAUCAGCACAACAGGGAAGCUGGCGGCCACUGGACACCAAGCCUCUUGUUGAGUAUUUCCUGAGAUGUUACACAGACUCAGAAAACAGACUUAGGCUUGAAU